AUGUCGGGACAAGCCUCAGAAAAGCCCUCCUCAUUAGCAGCCGAGCCUCCAGAUCAGUCCAAAUCCUCCACCGACGGGUCUCCUGUCCGUAAUCCUCGCAGUGUCUCGGCCAAGCCUCAACUCUCACGGUCUCGCAAGAACAGUCAGGAGUUCAGUCCUACUCGAAGUACUGUCACAAACGGGCCCUCUUCAACCGUUCCUUCAGCCGCCGCAGUGCAGAGAGCAUUGUCGGCUCAGAGGCCCAUACUACAACCUUCCGGUCUCGAUGGUGUUGUCGAUGGUGGCCGUGGUUCAGAAAGAUCAUUGAAACCAGGAGUGAAUACCCCAGUCUGGCCUACUUCGCCUCGAUUGAAGUCUCCUCCACCAAACAAAUCGGGUGCAAGAGCAGGUACGAAAAGGAGUGACAGCGAGCCUACACCGUCUAAUACAUCGUCGAGACGACUGGCCACCGUUUCGAAUCCAGAUCAAGCCGCUGUCAUGCAAGCUCCCGACAAUCAGGAGUUGUCGUUUUCACACUCCACCCUGCGAGUCCCGGCUCGAGGGCCGAGUGCGGGCGCCGCCUUGGAGACCGUGGCCGAGAGCAGUGUUCCUACUACUCCAUCCAUAGGGCCCGUGCAGUCGGCACUCCUCGAUUCGAAAAUCGAGGUGCCUAGCCUCAAUCAGCGGAGCGAAGUACGGAACGAGGCGUCGACAACGAAGGAUGGCGAAGGAAGUGGUGGUGAUACUUCUUCAUCUAAGCCUAGUGCAAGUACAGGCGACAACGGACACAGAUCGAGAGCAGCUAGUAAUUCUCGUCCGCCUUCGGAGCUUGCUAAGCGUUCCCUCGCCAGCCUCACUGGAGCCAAACCCAAAACCUCAACCGAUCCUCCGAGGACAAUGACGGUGGAGACUGAAACGGUAGCGUCUGUUCCUCAAUUACUGGGUCCUGAUCGAGGCAUCUCCGGCAGAGAUGGGAAUGGUAGUGUGCGAACCAAGCCCAGCAAUGAAACGAUCCGGCCAAAGAAGGAAAAGAAAAGAAGUUCUCGCAAACCAGCUUCGUUACACGCCGGCACUGUCACUUCCAAAGCCGACCUAUUCGAGGCCAAAGUGGCCAGUGCUGUCGAUGAAGCUGACUCGUCUGAUUCGGACGAAACCUUCGUCUAUGAGUCCAACCCGCCUGACAGCCGGCCGAGUCGACAUCAUUCUCGGACACCGAGCGCUACAUCACUCGCCAGUCAAGAACAGUAUGGAACUCGGAACAAGCACGGUGUUCGAAGUGGCAGUCAUGCAAUUGCAGGUAAAAAGUCUAUGAAGUUUUCAAAUUCCACCUACAACAACCUCGUAGAUGGCGAAGGAGGAUCAGAGGGUAGGGGAAGCCAACGCAAUACCAGCACAACUCCUCGUCAUCAUCACAUCAGUCGACAUGGACGACCUCAUCAUACCUCGAUUCUUGAUACCGAUUCACCAUUCACUCAAACCAACAAGCCCAGUUCUCCUCGGUCGGCCAAUAACAUGGGACGCCUUUCUAGACCAAACAGUCCCAGGCUUCCUAACGGGCGGUCACCGGCCACUCCUCGGAAGGGCGAACCUUUCGACCCCUACGAUGAUGCCGCAGAUGAUGAGAGGGCUCCUUUGAUCGGGUCAGUACGCAUCAAUCGGAACAGGCACAGCCGAAGACCGCACAGUGGUUCCUUCCGGCAUCUGGACUACGACGAGGCUUACGAUCGAAACUAUUGCGGACGUUUUGGGGGUUGCAUUUUCCUAGGAUUCGUCGUUCUCCUGAUCUGUGUUGGUAUUGUCACGUUUGUUAUGGCGCUCAACCGACCUUUGCUGGACAUUUCGAUCAAACGCAUCCAAAACGUUCUCGCUUCGGAGCAGGAACUCAUGUUGGAUCUCAAUGUGGAGGCGGUCAACCCCAACCUUUUCACGAUAAAUGUCAAUGAUCUAGACAUCAACCUCUUCGCCGAGAGCCCCUAUGUUAAUUCCAGGCCCGACGAUGGAGGGACUUUCAGAUGGAUUACUCGCCGCGCCGCGUCAAGUUUAGGAUUCAAUUGGCCGCCUUGGGAGUCAAACGACGGGGUGGACGAAGGUACUGAUCCAAUCGAUGAACCUGAGCCUGGUACCCAGAAAAUGUUGCUGGGAAGGAUCCUCGAGUUUGACUCACCACUGUUGUUUGAGGCUUCACCAGUGCGGCGUACAAGGACUUCUUCAGUUGGCGAGAUUCGACUUGCGAGACCUGGCAACAGGACCGAAGAAGGCGGUUCAGCACGCUGGGAGAAAGUACUCCAGCAUCAGUUUGACCUGAUUGUGCGAGGAGUUAUCAAGUAUCAGCUACCCUUGAGCUCCAAAACCAGGUCGGCAAAAGUUGGGAGUCGAAUCAGAGUCCUGCCCGACGAUGACAGUAAACUCUACGAAGGAAAUGGAUGA